GAAGACGUCUCGUACAUUUUUAAUCAAAACGUAGAAAUGUCAUGUGUGAUGUGUAUUGAAGACAUUUGUGGUUGAAAUGUCGUAAUCACAACUUCCAAACAACGGAAGUGUUUUUAAAUGAUGGGGAAGCAAAAAUGUUCACACUGUCAAGUGUACAAACUAAAGCGUUACACCAAGGAGGACCGACCGGCACGCAUGCGGUCCUAUGUAGCCAAGCAUAACAUUGACCUCACAACUGUAGAAUUGUCCAAGCGCCGCAAUCUCCUCCAUUACUGUAGUAAAUAUGGGCUUGGCGGUGUGUGUCGGUAUUUACUGGAGGUUGGUGUGAACCCGUAUAGCACCGAUGAGGACGGCAAUACACCAGUACACCUUGCUCUCCGCCGGGGACUCAAGGAAGCAAGCACCAACGUCCAUACAAUUUACAAUGAACUUAUCCUGCCUCAACUAGAAAAGUGUCCGUUUCUGACAGAGGAGGUUGAUGAUUAUGGAACGAGCUGUAGAGAUCUGUUGGACAGACUUCUGGAAAAACAACAACGCCAAAAGUCAUCAGGCCAGGAGUUCCAGACAUGGUAUGAGACACCAGAAACUGUAGACUGUUCUUCCCCCUCAGAGCAGGAAUGGCAACAGAAGAUCUUCCAGGAGUAUCACUAUGAGUGUGAACAGGAGGGUGUUAAAAUCAAGGUCUCUGAAUACUUUGAAGGAGAUUUUAAUGAGGAGACCUAUGAUGAAUGGUGCGAGAGGAUGGCCAGGGAGGUCCACAACAAACGUAAAUAUAGCAACACAGGUCAAAGGUCAAAAGAGGAGCCAAAAAAUAAGAAAACUUCUGCAGAGGACGAUUUGGAAAAAGCUCGUGAAAAGAUGAAACAGAAAUAUGAUGAUGAGCAGAGGAGAAUAAAAGAAUUACGAGUUCGACGGAAAAAACAAGACUAUGAGGAAAACAUAAAGAGUUUGCUUUCAAGCAAAGAUGUAACUCCUUUAGGUUUUAAUGACAUUCCCUGGCCUUUUGAGUCAGAAGUAACAGAUAUCAGUAAGCGACUAUUCUGUGACAUAUCACCCUCAGAUAAGGAGACAUACCGAAAGUAUCUACGAGAACAACAGAUUAGAUGGCAUCCAGACAAGUUUCUCCAAAAACUCGGACACCGAAUAAAAGAAGAAGAAAAAGACUGCAUUUUAGAAAGAGUUAAGGAGAUAUCACAGGAACUCAACAAGCUGUUUGAUUCAUCUUAACAGUGCAAAUAUGUAGUGUUCUUAGAGUACAGAUAUGUAGCUGCAUCAAAAGUAGUGUAGACACAUUUGAAUAAAUUCUGUAACACAUCUUAACAUAACAGUUCUGUAGACACCUCUUAACUGUACAUUUCUGUAGACACAUCUUAACUGUACAGUUAUGUAGACACAUCUUAACGUUACAUUUCUGUAGACACAUCUUAACUGUACAGUUCUGUAGACACAUCUUAACAGUACAGUUCUGUAGACACAUCUUAACUGUGCAGUUCUGUAGACACAUCUUAACAGUACA